AUGAUUCGCAAUUUCCAAACCAGCACUGUCUCAAGGGAUAUUGACACAGCAGCCAAGUUCAUUGGGGCGGGGGCUGCCACGGUUGGAGUGGCCAGCUCUGGAGCUGGGAUUGGGACUGUGUUUGGGAGCCUCAACAUUGGUUAUGCCAGGAAUCCUUCUCUGAAGCAGCAGCUCUUCUCCUACACCAUUCUGGGCUUUGCCCUCUCAGAAGCCAUGGCGCUCUUUUGCCUGAUGGUGGCCUUUCUGAUCCUCUUCGCCAUAAACGAGGGCGGGGACAGCAGCCACCGGCUCCGGGGAAAGCCGAGGAGGGGUGGGGACUGCAAAUGCCAGCCUCCCUUUGCCUGCGGCCUCCGGAAGGGCCCCUUGUCUUUCCCCCGCACGGCGGAGCGGAACCUUUUGGCUUUGAGCAAACAAGAAGAACUAGAGGAUUUGCCAAAAGAUCAGUCCCUGAGUGCCAGUGAAGAUGAAGGGGACAGUGAUGGAGAAAGGAAACAUCAAAAGCUUCUGGAAUCAAUCAGUUCCCUUGAUGGCAAGACUAGGUGGAAAUUGGCUGAGAGAUCAGAGGCUAGUCUGAAGAUCUCAGAGUUCAGUGUCAGUUCUGAAGGAACAAGAGAAAAGCUGGUCCUUUCAGAUCUGCUUCAGCCUGUGAAAACUUCAUCCUCCUUGGCCACUGUGAAAAAACAACUGAAUAGAGUCAAAUCAAAAAAGACUGUGGAGGUGCCCCUUAACAAAGAAGAGAUUGCCAGGAUCCACAGAGAAGUGGCAUUCAAUAAAACCUCCCAAGUUCUUUCCAAAUGGGAUCCUGUAGUUCUAAAGAACCGAGAAGCAGAGCAGCUGGUUUUUCCACUGGAAAAGGAGCAGUCAUCUGUUGCUCCCAUUGAACAUGUGCUCAGUGGCUGGAAGGCAAGAACACCCCUGGAGCAGGAGAUUUUUAACGUCCUCCACAAGAACAAGCAGCCGAUUACGGACCCUUUACUGACUCCAGUGGAAAAGGCCUCUCUCAAAGCCAUGAGCCUGGAAGAGGUAAAGUUGCGCCGAGCCACACUUCAGAGGGCCCGGGCCCUGCAGUCCUACUAUGAGGCCAAGGCUAGAAGAGAGAAGAAAAUCAAAAGCAAAAUGUACCACAAAAUUGUGAAGAAAGGAAAGGCCAAGAAAGCCCUCAAAGAUUUUGAGGCUCUGCGGAAGGUUGAUCCCACUGCAGCACUGGAAGAACUGGAAAAGCUUGAAAAGGCCAGGAUGAUGGAGCGAAUGAGCCUUAAGCACCAGAACAGCGGCAAGUGGGCCAAGUCAAAGGCAAUCAUGGCCAAGUAUGACCUGGAGGCUCGCCAGGCCAUGCAGGAACAACUGGCCAAGAACAAAGAGCUGACACAGAAACUCCAGGCAGCACCUGAGAGUGAGGAAGAGGAGGGCGCCCUAGAAGAGGUUGAACUUGUCCCUGAGGCCGUGAAUGAAAUCCAAAUGAGUGCCAAUGGGCCAAAUCCCUGGAUGUUCAGAAACAGCACCAGUAACACUAAAGAGCCUGAAAUCCAGGAUUCUAAACCACUUCCUGAGCAUGCAGCCCACGAGGAGUCUGAAAGCGAGGCAGAAGAAAGCCCAGGGGCGGCCGAAGAAACCUUGUUGAAAGAAUUUGAGGAAAGGCGAGCCCUUCGAAAGAGUUCUGAGCUCAAGCUGGAUGAGGAACCCAAGGGCAAUCAAGAACCACAAGAUAUCAGCAGCCAGGAGGUGCUAUCUGAACUGAAGGUACUGUCUCAGAAACUCCACAAGCAAUCCCAGCAGUCCAGGCAGCAGAAAGAGAACACUACGAGGGCUCUUCUCCCAGUGCAGCGAAAGGAGGUGGCUGAGGACAAGAAGGAGGAGGAGGAGGAGGAGCCCCUGCUGCUGCAGAGGCCAGAGAGAGUGCGGACGCUCGAGGAGCUAGAAGAGCUGGGCAAAGAAAGUAGUUUCCAAACCACGGAGUAUGCUAGGCCUGUGCUACAGGAACAGCAGAUGGAGACGGACCCAAAGACCCAGCCCGAGGUCCCUAAGAAUAAGAAAAGGAAGACACAGAUGAUCAACCUGCAGAACCUCCUAACCACCAAAUCCCCAUCGGUGAAAUCUUUGGCAGUUCCCACGGCCGUGGAGGAGUUGGAAGAUGAAGAGAGAGCCCAAAAGCAGAUGAUAAAGGAAGCGUUUGCUGGGGAUGAUGUCAUCCGGGACUUCUUGAAAGAAAAGCGGGAAGCUGUGGAGGCGAAUAAGCCCAAGGAUGUGGACCUGACGCUGCCUGGCUGGGGCGAAUGGGGUGGUAUGGGCCUGCAGCCCAGUGCUAAAAAAAGACGCCGGUUUCUCAUUAAAGCCCCCGAGGGUCCUCCAAGAAAGGAUAAGAAUUUGCCGAAUGUGAUCAUCAGCGAGAAACGCAACGUCCAUGUAGCAGCUCAUCAGGUACACGUGCUCCCGUACCCAUUCACCCACCAUAAGCAAUUUGAACGGACCAUCCAGACCCCUAUAGGGUCAACGUGGAACACCCAGAGAGCAUUCCAAAAGCUGAUCACUCCCAAGGUUGUCACCAAGCCAGGCCAUAUCAUAAAGCCAAUAAAGGCUGAGGACGUAGGCUACCGGCCUUCCUCAAGGUCUGAUCUCUCCAUGAUCCAGAGGAAUCCCAAAAAGCUAUCUGUCCGCCAUAAAAAACACCUGAAGAGAAACUCUCUAGUUUGA